AUGGACUGGACGGAAAUGAACGGAGACUGUCUGAUGCGCCUGGUGUUCGUGGCAGCACAAGCCGAAGUCGCAAGCCUCAAAGCCGAAAUGACUGCAGACAAAGUACAACUCACCCGAGUGCAAGCACGCAACACCGAACUGGAGGCUGAUUCGGACCAGCUGCGGGUGCGCAGUCACGAGCUGGAGGAGGAACUCGCCCAGGUGUCUCAAGCAUCCACGGAGGCUGCGCGAAGGCUGCAAGUCCAGGAGGGCAAGAUAGAAGACCUGCGGAGCCAGUGCGAGAUGCACCAGGCCGAGGUACACCAAGCUCGUGAGGAAUGUGAGAGCUUGGCACGAGAGGCUGAGGUUGGCCUGCGAGCCCAGAAGCAGAUGACGGCCCUCGAGCAGGAGCUGGAGACGAAGCGGGAGCUGGCCGGCCAAAGCAGCACCGAUGAGGUUCAAAGUCCGUUCCAUGUUGUGGCGCAGCAGAUCGUGCAGGAAGAAUGCCCAGAACUGGCACCUGCCCCGUUGAGCUUCUGGACACAACUUCAGACGCACUUCUUCGAGGCACAGUCGGCCAACUAUAACCCUGGCCCUGGGAGCAAGCUCAUUGCUCUCAUGGCUGGCUUGGAGGGUUUGGGCAUGCUCAUGAAGAACCUGGACAGCGCAUACACUUGCCCCGUGCAAGCGGCGAAGCAUUUCAAGCUGGUGGCUGAACUAGCUUUAGCCAACGGGCAUCUUAGCCGUGCACGUUGUCUGAUGCAGCUGGGGAACAUCUUCAAGAUCCAGGCCCUGGCUCGCUGGUACAACACCCUGCCGGAUGCCGGGGAUGCUGGCCGUGGGAAGCGGUUUGAGCCUCGACUUCAAGUGGAGUACACAAUUGCCGUGACACAGCUCCAUGCGGGACUGAAGACUCCGCAGCGUGCCAUCGUCAGAUUUCCAGCGCAUGUCCGGAAACCUCGGUUCGAAGUCCACUCUAUCUGCAAUUAUCGCCCGGAUCCGACAUCGCAGACAGGCGCCAACUGCCCUCUGCCCGAGCUCUCCGUUCCGAACCACAGGGCCUACUCUGAACGCCAUGAGUACAAGUACGUUCUUCACGAAGAGCUGCCUCUGCCAGACCGAGAAGCUCAUUAUAGCAAAAUGUUGGUGAUCCAUCAAGCGUUUCUUGCACCAGAUCCGCCGGAUUGGGUGUUUUUCAUCGACUGCGAUGCUUUCUUCACGGACGCACGCACGAGCUUGCAAGAUAUUCUGGAGACGUAUGGGGCCGGCGGCGCUGCCGGCCCGCACUUCCUGGUGGCAGAAGAUCCGGGUGGCAUCAACACAGGGACACUUCUUUUCCGAAGGAGUGAGUGGUCACUCUCAUUUCUGGAGCAAGUCGCGAGCAGUCAGUUUGCAGUUGCCUGGGAUCAAUCCAUGUUCUUCUGGGAGAUCUUGAAAGCUGGGCUGCUGGCUGAGCAACUGGAGCCGGCCCUGCUGCAAGCAGACUACACAUGGCCUCCUGAAGUCGCACUGGUCCACCAGGCCCACCUAAAUGCCUACGUUCCUCCGGCCUCCACGGAUUGGUCGGCGCACGAGUGGAGGGAAGGCGACUUCGUGCGGCACUUUGCUGGCUGCCCAUGGCAGGAGCCGCAUUGCUUGGGGUUGAUGCGCGAGACUGCCAAAUACUCUGACCGGCUCCAGAGACGGUCAUAA